ACCCGUCAGUAACCGCUGGUAUGUAGUCGCCGAGCCUUGAAAUAUUUUAUUUCUAUUCUACCUCCAAUUGAGAUCUAACAACGGGUUCCCCCAUCACUUCGUAUAGGUCAAAGUUUGCCCAAGAUGUCGCAAGAUAAGCCGUUACCAUUCGUAUACACCUUCGCCGCAGGUGCCGUCGCUGGCAUCUCGGAGAUUCUGACUAGGUAUCCUCUCGAUGUUGUGAAAACCCGAGUACAACUUCAAACGGGCAAGGGAACUGGCGCAGACUCUUACAAUGGUAUGAUGGACUGCUUCCAGAAGAUUGUUCGAAAUGAAGGGUUCUCGAGAUUAUACAGAGGUAUCACCGCCCCUAUUUUGAUGGAAGCCCCAAAGCGUGCUACCAAGUUCGCCGCCAACGAUGAGUGGGGCAAGUUAUAUCGCAAGGCCUUUGGCGCUGAGAAGAUGAACCAGUCACUCUCAAUUUUGACUGGCGCGUCUGCUGGAGCUACCGAGUCCUUUGUCGUUGUGCCUUUCGAGUUAGUCAAGAUUCGGCUGCAGGACAAGGCCUCAGCAGGCAAAUAUUCCGGCAUGAUCGAUGUCGUUGCCAAGACGAUCAAGAAUGAAGGUAUUCUAGCCAUGUACAAUGGUCUCGAGAGUACCCUUUGGCGACACAUACUCUGGAAUGCCGGCUACUUCGGCUGUAUUUUCCAGGUCAAAGAGCUUCUACCCAAGGCCGAAACCAAGCAAGGCGAGAUCCUCAAUGGUCUCAUCUCUGGCUCGGUUGGUGGUACAGUUGGCACGAUAAUCAACACGCCAAUGGACGUGGUCAAGUCACGUAUCCAGAACAGCCCUAAAAUCGCCGGAACGGUGCCCAAGUACAACUGGGCUUGGCCUGCUUGUGCGACCGUGAUGAAGGAAGAAGGUUUCGGUGCUCUGUAUAAGGGUUUCCUGCCUAAGGUCCUAAGACUUGGACCAGGAGGAGGUAUCCUGCUCGUCGUUUUCACGGGCAUGAUGGAUUUCUUCCGAUCGAUGAAGGGAAUAUAGACCUCUUCAUCUUAGUCAAGAAUAUAUGUGAUACCUUCAAUCUGGUCAUCGGUUUGUACAUUGCCUACGAUAGAUACGUUUAUAGAGACAGAUACCUACUACCUGCCUUCCUCGAAAUUAUGACCAUGCUGCCCUAUGCUAUGGGCACACUAUUGUAUUACUACACAAAAUAUCAAGUUGGACACGCUGAAUGAUAUUAGGAG